AUGGAUGCGGGUGGUGCUACUCCUGCUUCUGCUACUGCGGCGGCGAGUAGCCCUGCAAAGAUCGACGCAGACAGGAACGGCACUGCAGCCUUUGCACCCUCAGUCUGGGGCGACUUCUUCGCCACCUACGUCCCUCCUCCUACACAGGUGUCAGAGGAGUGGAUGAGAGAGAGGGUGGAGGAGCUGAAGAGGCGAGUGAGCAGGAUGUUCAAGGACGGGGAGGCCAUGGGCGGCGUGGCCGAUACGGUGGCGCUGGUCGACACACUCGAGCGUCUCGGCCUGGAUAGCCACUUCCGCGAAGAGAUCGCGGUGGCCAUAGGCCGUAUCCACGUCGCCGGCGAGGGACGGCGCGAGUUCGCCGGCUCCGAUGAUCUCCACGUUGCAGCUACUCGGUUCCGUCUGCUCCGCCAGCACGGGUUCUGGGUGUCUGCAGAUGUGUUCGACAAGUUCAGAGAUAGCUCGGGCAAUUUCAGCGCCACAAACCUACGCCUGAGUAGCGACGGCGGUCUGAGGGCUCUGCUGAGCUUGUACCACGCGGCUCACAUGGCGGUGCCAGGUGAGUCUGCUCUGGAUGACGCCAUAGAGUUCGCGCGGCGGCACCUCCAGGCCAUGAACGGCGAGCUCCGGUCGCCGGCGGCGGAGCAGGUCUCCCGCGCCCUAGACCACCCUCUCCCGCGGUACACGAGGUUGCUGGAGACCAUGCGCUACGUCGCAGAGUAUGCGCAGGAGGAGGUGCAUGACGGCACGCUGCUGGAGCUCGCUAGGCUCAACUCUAACCUCAUGAGGUCCCUUCACCUGAAGGAGCUAAAGGCCCUGACCUUGUGGUGGAGGGAUAUUUACAACGCCGUAAAUCUAACAUACUCUCGGGAUCGUAUGGUGGAGAUCUACCUUUGGAGUUGUGGGAUGAUCCCUGAAGAGGAGCACUCGCGUGGACGCUUGAUAUUCGCCAAAACAUUUGGAAUUGUGUCAUUUCUGGACGAUACUUUUGAUGUCCAUGCGACCUUAGAGGAGAGCCGUAGCCUCAAUGAAGCCUUUCAGAGGUGGGAUGAAAGCGCGGUUUCCAUCCUCCCUGAAUACCUACGCAUGUUAUACAUCAAAACACUAAGCAACUUUAAGGAGUUUGAGGAUCUUUUAGAGCCACAGGAGAAGUACCGCAUGUUUUACGUCAAAAAGGCGUACCAACUGCAAUCGGCAUACUACAUGCAGGAGGCAGAAUGGACCAACGACAAGUACCAGCCAAGCUUCGCGGAGCACGAAGAGCUGUCUACCAUGUCCACGGGCUUGCCGAUGCUCAACCUCAUGGCCCUCAUGGGCUACGACGGCGCGGUCGCAACCCAGGAGGUGUUUGACUGGAUGAGCGCACCUGUCCCCGACAUGGUCCGGGCUGGCGCAGUGAUCGGCCGCUUCCUCAACGACAUCUCCUCUUACAGGCUGGGGAAGAACAAGAAUGACGUGGGUAGCUCGGUGGAGUGCUACAUGCAGGAGAAGGGAGUGACGGGGCAGGAAGCCGUGGCGGCGAUCGCUGCCAUGACGGAGCACCGGUGGAGGUUGCUGAACCGGGCGUGCAUGGAGACGAAGCGCGCGCUGCUGCCAGCGGUGCAGCUGGUGGCGAGCAUAGCGAGAACUUGCGAGGUCAUCUACCUUCGUGGCAGGGACGGCUACACCUUCGGCAGCCACGCCAAGGACCUCGUCACCGCGCUCUUCCUCGACCCCAUCCCUCUUUAA